AUGGCAACCUGUUCUAAAAUACAGAGUAGUAAUAUUGAAAACAAAAUGGCUGUUAACAAGCAGAGCUUAACUGAUCAUCUUCUAGCAUCUGCUACUGGUCAUUUCAAAUGGCCAUCAAAUGCAAUCGUAUUUCAUUUGCCUAAAGAAAGAGAAUUACUUGAUGAUGUUGCCCGACGACUGAUGCUUCAAGUAUAUCUUCGAGCAUCUAAACUUGAUUUUAAAACCCAAGUUGUCAGUAAUGCUGAUUAUAUGUCUCCUUCAGGGAGGUCUCCUUUCCUGUGCUUGCAUAUGGACUCACAUCCUCUGAUAUUCAGUGAAUUUGAGAAACUUGUGACCUUCCUUGAGUCUCAGUCCCUAGGCCUGACAACCAAAUUGAAGCCACAGGAAAGAUCUGACCAGGAGGCACACCUCUCUCUAGUCAGGACUAAGUUAGCACCAGCACUGCUGUAUCAAACUUGGGCCAGUAUGACAAAUGUCCAGAGAUCCGUUACAACUCAUGGACACAGUCUCUGCUGGCCACUAAAUCAAGUAGUCCCAAGACUUCAGCAGUUCAAAUAUGCUUGGAACCACUGGGAGAUGUAUAGUAAGCCUGAGAGAGAAGUACUGCUGGACUUUGAGCAUGGGUGUGGUUCUCUUUCUCGGAGACUUGGCAAGGAUAAGCUUUUCUUCAGAGAUGGGUUGACUACCCUGGAUGUUGUCCUGUGGGCUCAUCUUCAAGCCUGCCUCUCUUUUACAGAUCCCGGAAAUGAGCUGCGAAAGAUUGUACUACAAUUUGAUAACUUUUUAGACGUUGCUCCAGUCCAUGAAGGAUUAUUAGAACACUAGCUUUUAUAGUUAUCAAUCCGUGCAAUUUUGUGACUUGUGUGAUUGUGUAACAGUAUAUAUAGGUCGUAUACAAUUAUCAAAUGAAAAAGAA